UUACUUUGAAAGAAGAUGAGCCAAAGGCGAGGCAUCCACCUGGACCAAUCAGAACUGCUCUGCAAGAAAGGAUGUGGGUUUUAUGGCAACACAGCCUGGCAGGGCCUGUGCUCAAAGUGUUGGCGAGAGGAAAAUCAGCGAGACAAGCAAAAGCAGAUUCAAGAAGACUGGGCACUCGCAGAGAGGUUGCAGAGAGAGGAAGAGGAAGCGUAUGCAAGCAGACAACAGARGACCCAAUCACAGCCUUCAAUCACACCCGUCAACAAGUAUGAAGAAAGAAAGACAAAGGAGAGGUCCAGCAAAGUCACCACAGUCACAAAAUUUUUCACUCCAUCAACAAAAACACCUCCAAAAAAAGAUGCUUCUUCGUUUGAGACGCAGUCCACCCCGAGCCCCAGCUCCUCGGYGAGUCGACACUCGACAGCGGACAGCGACCGUGCGGCGGUGGAGUUCAUCCAUUUUCUCAAGCCUUUGAAGUCUGGCAGAGAAAUCUUCAAGCAGUGUCGAGCUUUCACUGAGGCCAUGGUGUAUAAACGGGACACCGGGGUCGAUGAACUGUCUGACAGCGUGCAGGACUUCUACCAGAACCUCUCAGAGGGCCGCAUUGUCCCGCUCAAAGGUUCAUCAGAUCACAUGGAGAGAAUUAUGGAUGAAGUAGAGAAGUACAUGAUGACUCGCCUCUACCAGGAAGUAUUCUGUCCCGAGACUACAGAUGAUGAGAAGAAAGACCUGGCCAUUCAGAAGAGAAUCAGAGACUUGCACUGGGUCACCAUAGAGAUGCUGUGUGUGCCUGUAAAUGAAGAGAUCCCUGAGGUCUCUGACAGUGUGGUCAAAGCUAUCACAGUCGUCAUCGAAAUGGAUUCCAAGCAAGUCCCCAAAGACAAGCUAGCCUGCAUAACUCGAUGCAGCAAACACAUCUUCAACGCCAUCAAAGUGAGCAAGAAGGCGGCUGCGUCUGCGGACGACUUCCUCCCAACUCUCAUUUACAUCGUGCUGAAAGCAAACCCCCCACGGCUGCAGUCCAACAUCCAGUACAUCACACGGUUCUCCAAACCCAGCAGGCUCAGGACCGGAGAGGACGGUUACUACUUCACUAAUCUGUGCUGCGCAGUGGCYUUCAUAGAGAAGCUGGACAGUCAGUCUUUGAACCUGAGCUCUGAGGAGUUUGAGCUCUACAUGUCGGGCCRGGCGUCCCCCCACUGGCCACAGUCCACGGGAGCCACGGCCACGGGCAGCGCCGCUCUCACUCAGRCCCACAACAGCCUGGACCUGCUGACCGGGCUGGGCGAGAGGCAGGAGCGCGUCUUGGAAAAGGCUCGCCAGAUGGAGAGCGACCUCAUCGACUGGACGGAUGAAGUGGAGCAGUCGGUGCAGAGCGCGCUGGAGAGCUUCCCGCUGGAAACGCGAAACCCCGCUCCAGCCGAAGUUAACGGGACGGAGCCCGCCGCKUCGUCGGCGAUCGACUCAGAUAACGUUGAGAGCGAGCUGCUGCCCCCGCCGCUGACACCGCAGGUGUUUGCCGGCUGACACCAAAACUACUCAGCAGAGAAACCACUAACAACUUGACUUUGCCUUCUCCUUCUUUCUUGCUGUUAAAGCUUGCUGUCCGUAUGCACAUCCAGCAGCUGCUGAAUCUGGAUCACAUUUCCUCUCAGACAUUUCUGUUCCUUCCUUCUGUUGACUCCAAGGCUGAGAAACAAACUGAAAAUUAACGUAGACGAUGAACUGGGGGACAAAUUAGGCAUUUUAGCAAAAAGACUUCAAUCUAAGCUCUUCCAAGACACGUCUGUUUGUCAUGAGUACCUCGGUACUUUUUAUUGUUGUUACAUUUGUGCAGUGUGGUUGCAAGUUUCUCAAACAUUUAGACAUUUAUUUUUGGGGAGGAUGGAACCAAUCUAAUAAGUCAGCAGGAAACCUGAGCAAAAUACGUUUUAAAAUAAUAAAAUUAGAAAAUCAAAAAUUUUAUAUCGCUGAAAUGACCUUCCAGCUUAUCGUGCUUGUUGUUUGGGCUGGAUUUAGUCAGUAUUUCCUAAUGCUCUGACAAGAAAUAGUGACGAGGUUUGUGUGUGUGUGUGUGUGUGUGUGUGUGUUGUGUUCACAUGGAUAAAUCCAUAUGUUUGUGUAUAUUGUUUUCAUGCCAGAUUCCAGUUAUGAGCUGGAUGUACAGAAGUGAUUUUAUUUUUCUAUAGAGUGGCAGAUAUUGAUCCUUCUCGAUGAUGUUAAACCUGUAAUAUUUACAGUAGCUAAAGAAAUUCAAAGAUGAGUUUUGAUUUUUGAGAUUCUCAAGAGGCUGCAUGUCUGCUAUAAAAAGAGCAGUUUUAGGUGAUAUAGUUUUAUUAUAUUUUGCUCUAUCAGAGCUUUUAAUUUAAUUAGACAAAAAAAAGUUUCACCGCAGCUUCAAACUCACUCCUAAGCCCGUAGCUGCUCUGUUUGUGGAAAUUUUGUUCUCAAGCAGUUUUGUAUGAUUUUAACGCUCCGAAUUCGAGGUAAAGUGAUGGGUUCUCGGGUGGCACGGGGGCGCAGUGGGUAGAGCUGUCGCAUGAACUGAUGCAUGUUCUCUUCAUGCUUAUGUGGGUUUUCUCCGAGUACUCCGGUGUCCUCCCACAAACCAAAUUCACGCAUGUUAGGUGCAUUGGUAACUCUAAAUUGCUGUCCAGGGGAGAUGAAAUUAAAAGCAAACAGCAGGUGCAAACUGUUUCAAAUGUGUAAUUUGGCCCUUUUAAAGUGAGGGAAAAGUUUUUACAUCUUUUCACACUUUUGUCCCAAACUAAGAUUUUAUUUUUCUGUUAAUGUUACUAAUCUUGAAUCUUUUGUUGACGUUUGUAACCGGACGCUCAGCUUGCAGCAGCUGCUGGGUCUUACUGCAGAUUUCAACUACUUGAACUACCUGUUUUUGCACUGUAUGCAGACAUUAUUUAUUUAGCAUUCAAAAACUUUUUUUUGUUUGUUUGUUUCCUUACAAGUUUGUUUCUCUAUCUCAUUGACUUUAUACUGCCUUUAAUUUAAAAUUAACUUAUUGGGACAGUUUUAUUGGCUUCUGAAAGUGUGUGAUGAUCAAUAAAAACAGAAUGCUUUAA